AUGGCCUCGGGUCCGGACAGUGGCUGCUCGCUGGAGCUCAGCAGCUGGAACAGCAGCGCGAGCGGCUCCGGUGCCUCUACACCAUGCAACCAGAGCAUCCUAAAUCUCGCCCCCUACUCCCCAGAGGCCACGGCAGCCUUCGCCACCGCCAUCACCCUCAUGGUCGUCUUCACCAUCGUAGGAAACAUCAUGGUCAUCAUUGCCGUCCUGACAAGCCGCUCCCUCAGAGGUCCACAGAAUCUUUUCUUAGUGUCUCUGGCUGCUGCGGACAUUUUAGUGGCCACCCUCAUUAUACCUUUCUCUCUGGCUAAUGAGCUGCUUGGCUACUGGUACUUUAAAUCUCUGUGGUGUGAGAUAUACCUAGCGCUGGACGUGCUCUUUUGCACCUCCUCCAUUGUGCACCUGUGCGCCAUCUCUCUGGACCGUUACCUGUCCAUCUCCAGGGUCACCUACGGGCGUCAGCGGACUCCCAGACGCAUUAAAGCCGCUAUCGUGGUGGUGUGGCUGAUCUCUGCCAUCAUCUCCUUCCCGCCCCUGCUCUCUUUAAACAAAAGUGAGGCAGGUGACCCAGGCAGUGCACCUCAGUGCCAGCUGAAUGAUGAGAAAUGGUACAUCCUCUAUUCCACCAUUGGCUCCUUCUUUGCCCCCUGCCUCAUCAUGAUCCUGGUCUAUGUCAGAAUCUACCAAAUCGCCAAGCAGAGAACUCGCUGCCCCCCAGGAGAGCCCAGGAAGGAUGGGGUUGGAUCUGCUACGCCUAGUCAGCCUUCAAAACAUGUUCAAGCCAAUGGGAAGGAUGAUGAAGAAAGCACCCCCCCUUCAUCCAACAGAAACUGCAAUGACCGACCCCCCAGCCUCGCAAUUACCAGCUCCUCUCCUCCAGGGGGGCCCCAAACCCCCAAGGAUCCUCCCACCAAUAAUCUCCUGCAACCCCCAUCCCCAUCUCUACCUUUGACUCCUGUCACAACCUCCCAGGACACCUCCAGCCAUGCUCCCUCCAACCCAACCCCUGUGCCCCAGCCUGUCCCUGCCAAGACCAAAAAGGAGGAGAAGAAAAAGGUCAAGCAGGGGAAGAAAAAAGCUGACAAUAACAACGGCGACAGCUCGAGCACAGACAGUGAUUUGGAGCACAGCCAGGGAGGAGGCCGAGGCAGCACCAGCAUGCCGGGGUCACCCGCAGGAGGUGGGGUUCACUCCCCGGCAUCGGCCAAGCGUUACCGGGACAUGAUGGCCACUUCAAAGGGGGCGCGGCUGGUGCCAGGGAGGAAGUCAAAAAUAGACAACAACCCGGGGGCAGCGAGGCGGAAAGCGAUGGUGAACAGAGAGAAGCGUUUCACUUUUGUGCUGGCGGUGGUCAUUGGGGUCUUUGUGGUGUGCUGGUUCCCAUUUUUCUUCUCUUACUCUCUACAGGCCGUGUGCCCAGAUACCUGUACCAUCCCUGAUCCACUGUUUAAGUUUUUCUUCUGGAUUGGGUACUGCAACUCUUCUCUUAACCCAGUCAUAUACACCAUCUUCAACAAAGACUUCAGGAAGGCCUUCAAGAAGAUUCUCUGCGGUGGCACUAAGGGGACUUUCUUUUAA